CGUCACACUGAUAUCCACGUCACAUGACCGGAUACUCCAGCUCGUCCCGAACAACCCGAGUCUCAGAGGAUCGUUGAGCUGCAGCUGCGACAUGAGGAGACUCACGAAGAAGAAAACUCUGACUCUGGUCAAGGAGCUGGACGCGUUUCCCAAAGUCCCGGAGAGCUACGUGGAGUCCACCGCCAGCGGCGGGACAGUGUCUCUGAUUGCCUUCACCCUCAUGGCUGUUCUCGCCAUCCUGGAGUUCUUUGUGUACACGAGGACGUGGAUGAGUUACGAGUACGAGGUGGACAAAGACUACAGCAGUAAACUCAGGAUCAAUGUAGACAUCACAGUUGCUAUGAGAUGUCAAUAUAUUGGUGCAGAUGUCCUGGAUCUGGCAGAAACCAUGGUCGCAUCUGAUGGUUUAAAAUAUGAACCAGUCAACUAUGAACUUUCUCCAGAGCAGAAAAUGUGGCACAUGACUCUUCUGCACAUCCAGGAGCGUCUGAGAGUCGAGCACGCUCUUCAGGACAUCAUCUUCAAGGCUGCGUUAAAAGGAGAUCAUCCUGCUCCUGAUCACAGGGACGACAGCCCCACUUCCCUCACUGCCUGCAGGAUACAUGGACAUAUGUAUGUAAACAAAGUGGCAGGAAACUUCCACAUCACUGUUGGCAAGUCCAUCCCUCAUCCCAGAGGUCACGCUCAUCUAGCUGCUCUCGUCAGCCAUGACUCUUAUAACUUCUCUCACCGGAUCGACCACCUCUCCUUUGGAGAAGCGAUUCCUGGGAUAAUCAGCCCGUUGGACGGCACAGAGAAAAUCUCUGCUGAGCCCAACCACAUGUUUCAGUACUUCAUCACCAUCGUGCCAACCAAGCUGAACACCUACCAGAUUUCUGCUGACACCCAUCAGUACUCAGUCACAGAGCGGGAGCGAGCGAUAAACCAUGCUGCAGGCAGCCAUGGAGUCUCAGGGAUCUUUAUGAAAUAUGAUAUCAGUUCUCUGAUGGUCAGAGUCACCGAGCAGCACAUGCCUUUCUGGCAGUUUCUCGUCCGACUCUGCGGCAUCGUCGGAGGAAUUUUCUCCACCACAGGUAUGCUCCAUAGUAUGAUCGGCUUCCUGAUCGACGUCGUCUGCUGUCGUUUCCAGAUGGGAAUCUACAAACCUCUGACGGAGGCUCCUCUGAAUGAAGAAGAAACCAGUGAAAACUCAGUUCCUCCGGAGGAUCUCUCACAACAAUGAGACGACAACAACUCAGCUGCAGUCGGCUGACGACUCCCCAGCUGCACCUCAACCACUAAAAUCGCACAGCCUGACUCAUGUGGGUUUUUGGGCCGAUGCUGAGAUAAGGGAGCAAAAAAAUGUCAAUACUGAUUUAUCAGCGCUCAUUUAUAUAUUGAAGAAGCGCAAAUACAAGUAUGAAGAACAGGAAUUGAGAAAAUAUAAUUUGUAACAUAAAAAGUGAACACACACACUUCGGUUAUUCUCUGCAUUGUUUAUCCUGUAAAUUUAGUUUAAAUAUCGGCAAACCCAGAUAGCGAUAAAUCUGUAAAAGGCUCAUAUGGACCAGCUGAUAAAUUGACCGGGCUCUACCAAUCAGCGGUAAGAUGCUGGGAAAAUGUUUACAAGUUGUUUUAUUUUGAAAUAUGUGUCUCUUCGGAGAAAUGUGUACAUAUUUGUAUCUUGUUUAUUUCUAUUGGAUGGAUGUGAGAUUGUUAUUGGUACCUAUAAUGUAAUUUCCACUGGAUGCGUUCACCAGGACCGAACUGCAGACAUGAUUUACAUCAUUAUUACAGACAGCAGCUGGUGUUCAGACCCACACAGGAGUUUCUGCUGAUUCUCACCUUUUCUCUGGGUUUUAUUUCCAGCUACACACUUGAUUGACAGAUGUGGUUUAGCUUUUUUCAGAUUUUUCCCCCCAUGUUCUUUGGUGAUUCAGAAAAAUGCAGCGUAUCAGCUCCAGUUCAAUCAAAGAGCUACAGUGAAGAAAAAACAUAUUCAGCCCCUUUAAGAACUGUGUGAAAGUCUUGAAGGAUUUUGGGUUGUUCCACAUUGUGCCUGUGUGUAAAUGAUUGUUGCAAACAUGAGGCUGACUUGUUAAAUAAAAUCCACUCUGAUGUGGUUUCAUUGUAAAUAA